CACCAAACACCCCACAACCAUGGCGUCGCCCGCCCCAGACACAAACGGCAUCAGCACGCCCCCCGCCACCGCAACCGCCCACACCACCUCCCCGCCAGCAUCGCAACCCCACUCCGCCGCGCAACCCCCCACAACCACAACCGCCCCAACCGGCUACCCGCCAACCUCGCUCCUCGACACCGGCGCCUCCAAACGCCCCCGCGACGCGCGCCUACUGCACCUGCUCCUCGCCAACAUGGGCGUAAGCGCGUACACCGAGCGCGUGCCCCUGCAGCUGCUGGAUUUCGCAUACCGCUACACCUCCGGCGUGCUCUCCGACGCGCUGAGCUACGAACCCGCGGCGCCUGCCGCGCACGAGAAAAAGCGGCGUGGCGCGGAGGACGAGGGCGUCGGGCUUGCGGCGCUGCGGACGAGUGUUGCGGCGCGCGCGGCGGGGCAGGGCGUCGGGCUCGGCCGCGAGGGGCUGGCGGAGGUCGCGAGUGAGCGGAAUCGAGUCGCGUUGCCGCGCGUGGAGAGGGAGUUUGGGGUUCGGUUGCCGCCGGAGCGGUAUUGUUUCACAGGGGUCGGGUGGGGGGUUGGGAGCGCGUGGGAGGAGGACGGGGAGGAAGGGGAUGGGGGGGUUGGGGGGCCUGUUGGGGGGGAUGCGGUUGGGGGGGAGGUGUUUGGCGGGGCUGUGGAGGAGGAUACGGAGAUGGGGGGGAUGGGGGAGGUGGAUGAGGAGGAGUUUGAGGAGGCGAUGAUGUGAGGUGGGCGUGUCAGGGGGAAACAGGGUCCCGGAUAAGACGCGUUGGUACGCGAGGGGGCUCGUUGGUAUGGAGAAGAUACGAGCCACGGACAUGAUACGUCGUCACGGAUAUGGCACGAGCCACACACAUGCAUUUCGGGCGUUUGGCGCACGGCGGGGGUUUAUUCGGAUCAGCAGGGCAGCGCGCAGUGCAGCAUGCCACAGUGCAGGGAAUUGCAGCACAUCCCAUUGCCACGCGGCACAACACAGCGGCAUAUUUCGCCACAGCACAGCAGCAGAAGCUACGCGUAUAAAAGCAUAUUUCAAUUUCAAACCUCAUCUCCGAGCUACGCGUAUAAAAGCUAUUUCAAGU